ACUGAUAGUAGCGUCUAGCCUUUUGCGUUGCAUACACGUCUUUUGCGACGCAGUGUGAAGGACAAUCAGAAGAAAUUUUAAUUUGUUUCAUCAUGAGUGUCACAAGAGAAUAUGACUUGAUCAUUUUUGGUGCCACCGGAUUUACCGGGCAAUACAUUGUCGAAGAAGUAGCGCGAAUUGCCGAAGAAGAAAACAUCACUUGGGCGGUUGCCGGUCGUAACAUUAUAAAACUUAAGGCUGGAUUGGAAAAUGCUGAAAAACAAACAGGUAAGCCUCUCAAGGAUGUUGGAAUCAUUAAGGCAGAUGUUGUUGAUCCAGAUUCCCUAAGUGAAAUGGCCAAAAAAGGGAAGAUUGUUCUUAACUGUGUGGGACCUUACAGAUUUUAUGGAGACGCUGUAGUAAAUGCCUGUGUGAAAAAUGCAACAAGUCAUCUUGAUAUCAGUGGAGAACCUCAAUUUCUUGAAAAGAUGCAACUUGAUUAUAACAAUGCUGCCAAGGAAAACAAUUGUUAUGUAAUUGGAGCUUGUGGAUUUGAUAGCAUCCCAGCAGAUAUGGGGACUGUAUUUUUAGAGCAACAGUUUGGUGGGCAAGUCAACAGUGUGGAAGCUUAUUUGAACAUCAAGGCUCAACAUGGAUUCCAUCUUCAUUACGGAACUUGGCAAAGUGCUAUCUACGGGUUCGCGUGUGCAAACGAAUUGAAACCUUUACGCAAGAAGCUUUUCCCGCAGCGGCUGCCCGAGACGAAACCUAAGCUCAAGUCAAGGGGUGUACUUCACCAAAACCCGAUCGUUAAAUCGUGGUGUUUACCUUUCCCUGGCUCCGAUCGCUCUGUCGUCAUGCGAUCCCAGCGAUAUUUCUACGAAAAGGAAAAGAAACGACCAAUACAGAUGGCCGCAUAUUUUCAAUGUCCUUCUAUAAUAGCUGCUAUACUCAUGAUCCUUACGGCCGCCGUCUUUGGUCUGUUUGCGAGCUUCAAACUAGGGCGCAGUUUGCUCGAAAAGUACCCAAAGGUGUUUUCAUUCGGGACGUUUGACCACGAAGGCCCCACUAAAAAGGAAAUGGAAGGAACGUCGUUUGUCCUUACUCUAGUCGGCAAAGGAUGGAACGAAAAAUUGACUGAGCCAACCGAUGCUUACUCCAGUAAGCCAGAAAAGGAAUUAAUAGUUCAGGUGUCAGGGCCUGAAUUGGGUUACGUCGCUACGCCAAUCUGCAUGAUUCAAGCCGCCCUUGUACUUCUCCGUGAAGCUGAUAAACUACCUUCAGAAGGUGGUGUAUAUCCUCCAGGAGCGGCUUUUGCCAAAACGUCGCUGAUUAAUCGGCUGAUCAAGAACGGGAUCAACUUUGAAACUGGUCUUAGAAGUUCGCUUUAGAAUGCCUAAACAAAGAUGUAAUAAAUAUAUCUUGUACUUGG